AUGCCGAAAGUGGUUGCAGAGAAAUUGAUUUCAUUACAGAGAAGGUUCCUGUGGAGUAAGGAGGAUGGAAGGAAUGGGAUGGCGUUGGUUAGCUGGGAUGUAGUCCAGACCCCAAAAAAGUUAGGAGGGCUAGGAGUUGAAAAUGCGAUGGUUCGGAAUACAGCACUCCUGUUUAAGUGGUGGUGGAGAUUCUCUAAAGAGGAGUGCCCAUUGUGGAAGAAGGUGGUUUGUUCGUGCAAUAAUCUCUCUCCUAAUAAGCUUUUAUCUUCCCAGACAUUACCUGCUAAAGGGGGUCCAUGGAAAGACAUAUGUCAGCUGCAGAUUAAGGAACAACAUAUAAGAGACAAGAUGAUAACUGACUUGUCUAUGGAGGUAUUACAGGCGGAAACACUUCCGGAGGACAUAGCAAGCUAUAGCUUCACCAAGACAAUUUGGAAAGGAUUAGUUCCCCCAAGAGUUGAACUACUUGCCUGGUGUGGUGCAUUUGGCUAUCAGAUUUUGGUAGACCAUGGUCAGUCCCAGCAUUUUGACAAUUAUUCUCUAUCUGCCCCCAAAAUUUUGUUUCAAGUUCCGCUACUGACUCCAAGGGGCCGUUAUGAACCUACAUUUUAUGGACAAUUGAUAGCCAGUUGUCCUUUGUCGUUUGAUGCUUCUGUUCUAGUUCUGAAAUUUGGGAAUGCUGGUAUGAUACGUGAGGGCAUAUUGCUGGGUAUAAUCAUGGAUACACAGCCUUUACCCAUUCUUCAUCCAUUUGGAGAGGAAAUAUUGUUUUCAAAGCAUAUUGCUAGCUACUUUACUGACCGAACAAUCUUAGCCGGUCGAAAGGAGAUGGAAUUCAUGGCUAACUUCUGUGCAUUUGAAUUUUGGCAGCAUCUUUUCAGGGAUAAGUAUCGGUUUAACCAUUUGAAGCAGGUUCUAGAGAUUGAGAAUGUGUAUCCUACCAAAGCACUGAUGCCUAAGCUUAAGGAAGAUUGGUGUUCUCUCCAUAAUCUCUCCCAGUCAUCUCUGCAUCAGACCUUAGAAAUUUAUGAUGAUUUGUUAGGUUCAGUACACCGGUUGCGGCCAAAAUUUUUGAGCUCUUUUAGGGGUUUGCCACCCUAUUUUGAUCCUUACGAAUAUGAACACACAUGCUUAGUAACAUGCCAAGGAGAUGGGAACAUAGAUGGAGUUUCUGCAUAUGAGGAAGGCAUUAAAGCAACAGGUGAAACAAAAUGUGCUUCUGUGCCAUAUGUCACUUCAGAAGAAUUUCACAGUUAUGAUGUGGCAAGAAUGUUCACUAAAAUUAUAAAAGAGGUAGUGUAGUUUGAAAUUCUUGUACAUACAAUAUUGGGAGCACACAAGUUAAAUUAUGUUGAUUCUCCUUGACCAUUAAAUUAUGUUGGGAGCACAAGUUAUAACACAAGUGGUGUAUUAAUCUAAGGA